AUGCUACCGGCGACGAGGUGGUCUUUGAGACUACCCCGGCCAUGCACUCGACCCUUUACGAGAAGAGACACACUACCUUUAGGGCCUCGCAUUUGCUUCCCGCGUUAUACAUUACACAAACAGCCGGCAGCUUACUCGACGAAGCCCCCUAACAACGAUCAUCGACCGAACAGUCACGAUGAACCCCCCAAGGAAUCCUCCAAAGUCGAUGCCAUCUCAAACGCCCUGUCCACCACGCCCGACUCAGAGAACAACCUUGUUACGCCUGUUCAUAUGCCCGAAGACCCAAAUGCGGUUCUCAAACAGACACACCCCGCCAUGCGUCUUCUCGACAACUCUUCUCUUGUAGUACAGCGACAAUUGGAGAUGAUGAAUGUCCUGAUGGGCUUUGAGCAAGCGAAUCGCUAUGUCAUCAUGGAUCCGCAUGGCAAUCAUAUAGGCUAUCUGGCAGAGCAGGACCAUGGAUUAGGCAAUGCCAUGGCGAGGCAGAUGUUCAAGACACAUCGGAGCUUCACAACGCAUGUAUUUGAUCGGGAUGAGAAGGAAAUACUCAGGUUUCACAGGCCCUUCAGCUGGAUUAACUCACGGAUACGGGUAUAUGAUGCUGUAGGCCAGGACGGAAGCGCAUAUACCAGUUCGACGAGCUUGCAAGGCACGAGCGUGGCGAGUAUUGCAAAUCAGACAAGUGCGAACGUAUCAACUUUGCCUUUGCAGGACAUGCGCAUCAUCGGAGCAGCAGAGCAGGAGUGGGCCCCUCUACGGAGAAAGUACAACUUAUUCCUCGCAAGAAGCUUAGAGGAGAGCGCUGCUGUAAUCGGCACACCCCAAAUCACGUCAGGUGAUUUACCCAUAUCGACUUCCAAAGCCGUUGCCGUAGCAGAAGGCGACACACGAGAAGUUGGUAUGCUUCAAUUUGCCAGAGUUGAUGAGCCAUUCCUGAGUUGGGAUUUCAGCUUGAUGUCUGAAGAUGGACGACUAGCAGGCUCCGUUAACCGUAAUUUUGGCGGGUUCGCGCGCGAGAUCUUCACAGAUACAGGCGUGUAUGCUCUUCGAAUGGAUGCCGCUGGGCUCGCAAACGAACCAUCGCAUUUAGUCUCAAAGACUGGAGAGCAAAGCAGACCAUCGUUAGAAGGGUAUCCAGGCAUGACACUUGACCAACGAGCCGUCAUGCUUGCGACAGCCGUCAGUAUCGACUUUGACUAUUUCAGUCGGCAUAGCGGUUCGGGGGGCAUGUGGUCCAUGUGGAUGCCCUGGUUCGGAGGUGGGGAGGCUGCUGGCGGCGCUGCUGGCGGUGGUGCCGCGGCUGGCGAGGCCACUGCGGCCGGUGCAGGAGUUGUAGGUGCAGCUGGUGAAAGCGGUAUUGCGAGUGAAGUUGGUACUGCUGCGCGAGGCCUCGGAGUAGGAGAGGGUGCCGCCACUGGAGCAGCAACAAUGGCAGGCUACGAGGCGAUGCAAAGGUCAAGAGAAGCACGGCAACAAGAAGAUGAUGCUUCGCCUCAAGCAGCAGAUCCCUAUCAAGCGAACCCAGACCAGCAACUGGGUACGGGCCAAGUUGGUGAGGAUGUGUGGGGUGAAAAUCAAGAUCCUGGGACAGGACCUCAAGGCUCGGAUCAAGACUUUUGGGGUGGCCAAGGUGGCCAGGGAGGUGGCGAUGGAGGCGGUGGUGACGGUGACGGCUUCAGCUGGGGAGAUAUCUUUGGAGAGUAG